CGCUGACAAUUACAGCCACUUCCGAGCUGAUUUUCCACUAUAUCUGCUCAUCAGCACUUGCAGAAUCUGCAGACAAAACCAUCUGGGGGUCAACUUCAGCUUUCUGAUUUCAUUACCAUCGGCCUUGAUAGCCAAGUCAAUCGGAAGAGUGUGAUAUCGAGCAGGCCGACAGACAGCAUGGACCAAAUCCACACCCGGGCCAUCGAGGCCCUCCAGCCGUUCAUCGCUCUCGCCAAUUCGUCCAGUGCAAACUCUCCUCGCUUUGUCGCCAAUAUCAUCACAAAUGCAACCUCCAACCCACAUACGUUCGUCUUCGCGGAGCUCCUGGAGACGGCGGCAGUCCAGGCCCUGCGCUCCCCGGACACCCCAGCAGAAUACCAGAGCUACCUGACGUUGCUUGAAAUCUACGCCUGGGGCACAUGGCAAGCCUACCAAGAAACACCCAACCUGCCCGCUCUCAGCCCGGCCCAGACACUCAAACUCCGUCUCCUCACGCUCCUCACCCUCUCCUCCACCAUCCAACCCCUCACCUACACCGCCCUCAUGGGCGCUCUCUCCAUCACCGCCCCCGCCGACCUCGAAUCCCUCGUCACAACGGCCAUCUACUCCUCCUUGAUCACAGCCCGCCUCUCACCGACCUCGACCCCUCCGACCGUCAACGUCACCGCCAUCGCCCCGCUCCGCGACGUCAAGCCCCAGUCGCUCGCGAACAUGAUCACCAUCCUUACGCAAUGGGAGACCCGCUGCGGCGACGUCAUCAGCGACAUCGAGGCCGAGAUCGCCAAGAUCAAGUCCGAGUCGGCGAAGCGGCGGGCCAAGGAGCAUGAGCGUGACGCGGUCUUUGAACAGACGCUGGCCGCUUACCGGGCGGAGGCCGCUAGUGCCGCCGGUGGAGGCGAGGGAAACGCGGCGGGCGGGGCGCGGAAACACUGGGCCCAGCAGUCGCAGCAGGCCUUCCGAGGUGGUGGCCUCGGCGGCAACAAGCGCGAGUUCAGUGCGGACGAACUGGAUGAUGAUGACGGGUACUGGGAACAUGGGAACGACUACGAUAGUAUGCAGGCUUUAGCGGGGUCGAGGAUGGACAUUGAUGAAGGGCCCGGCGCGGGCAGAGCGGCGGGGUCGGGAGUGGCCGGGGCCCGACAUCCUAAGCGCAUCUUGGGGAAGAAGUCGUAGGCCGGAUCUUAAGGUGCUUUGUUGCUAGCACGAGAGAUAUGUGUUGGGUCGAACUUUUAGGUUCGAAAGUAUUGAUCUCGCCCUGCCUAUGCAUCGAUACCAUCAUAUUGCAUGAAUAUGACCAUUCUAUUCUAAAAGACACAGAAUUACAGCGACGGGGCCAUCAAGGUUCAAUAAACUUAUCCCUUCUGUGAAUUAUGUCCACAUUCGACACGAAGAACAAGAAGAAAAAGUGCAAGAGAAAGCAACGCUCCAUGUUCUCAUAACUUUGGGUAUUCGUUCAUCACGCGCAAAACCAAAC